UUUUGAUGUGCCCCCACCUCCGCCUCCCAUCCCAUAUAAAAGGUUACUCUCCUCCCUGUCAUGCGAAUCAGUUUUGGUUGACCUCUCUGCACUGUCGUGAUUUAUUUGGUCAGUGGCACAUACCUGAUGUCACCUAGUAAAGAGAGUUUAAGGGACCAUCUCUGAUGAGCACUGAGGGAAGAAAGCACUCGUGAUACCAUCUGUAAGGAAGUACGAAGCUUCCGUUAAGAGGCAGCUACCCAAUGCUCCUGCAGCUGCUGGCUAUUGCUGUGUAGGCAGCACCUCGACAGAGCUACCUGGGCAGAAGCAAGUGAUCCUGCACCUUUAGAGCAAAGAAGCUUCUUCCCAUCAUCCCAGAAGAAAGGAGGAGAAAAGGAACUGGGGGAAAAACCAUGAAUUUUUCAAGUACUGAGUCCUUUGAAGUCGACACCUCAACCUCAUAUGAGUAUUACGACAAUUACGACGAUGCUCCAAAACCCUGCAAUAAGGAGGCUGUCAGGAGGUUCGCAACCUCCUUCGUACCUGUUCUCUAUACUCUGGUCUUCCUGGUCGGGCUCACGGGAAACAUUCUGGUCGUCGUGGUCCUCUUCAAAUACAAGAGGUUGAAGAGCAUGACUGAUGUGUACCUGCUGAACCUCGCCAUCUCAGACCUGCUCUUUGUUUUAUCCUUGCCCUUCUGGUCUUAUUUCAUGAUAGACCAAUGGGUUUUCGGAACUCUCUGGUGUAAAAUUAUCUCGUGGAUCUACCUGGUGGGGUUUUACAGCGGGAUAUUUUUUAUUAUGCUCAUGAGCAUAGACAGAUACCUGGCUAUUGUUCGUGCAGUGUUUUCCUUGAAAGCAAGGACUGCCUUCCAUGGCUUGGUUACUAGCUUUGUCGUAUGGCUUGUAGCUCUUUCAGCCUCAGUUCCAGAACUUGUAUUCGCAGAAUCUUUUACUGAAAAGAAUUAUACUACCUGCAUGGCAAGAUAUCCAGGCAAUUUCACAACAUGGAAGCUUGUUUCCACUUUGGAAAUCAACAUCUUAGGGCUCCUAAUCCCUCUUACAGUUAUGACGUUUUGCUACUCCAUGAUCAUUAAAACAUUAGUGCACUGUAGAAACGAGAAAAAGAACAAGGCCGUGAGGAUGAUCUUUGCUGUCAUGAUUGUGUUUUUCUUCUUUUGGACCCCUUACAACAUCGUUAUCUUUUUGAAGCUGCUGGAAAACAUGGGAGUCUUUAGAGGCUGUCAAGCGAGCAGCAGUCUGGACUAUGCCUUCCAGGUGACAGAAAUCCUCGGCCUUUCUCACUGUUGCCUCAAUCCAGUCAUCUACUUCUUCAUGGGGGAGAAGUUUAAGAAGUACGUGAAGAUGCUCUUUAAGAACUGGUGGUUACCUGGAGAGAUGUGCAAGUGGUGUAGAGUUCACAUCACUUACCACUCCGAAUCCACCAGUUCUUUCCACACGCAGUCUACAGGGGAUCAAGAGGCUCUGUAGCGCGUUUCGCACCGCCCACGGGACUCACCAGCAAGCCGACUGACAAGGGGAGGAACUCCAGAGAGCCAAGGAGGUGCACAUGCAUUUAACAAUAAGCUAGUGCUGGACAAUGAGUCACGUCAGCUUUGAUUUCUGCCCCUAGAUUCGCUGAAGGCUAUGACAGAAGGUGCCCUACGUGUGAAGUGUGGGAGAUGGACACACAAGUUUUGUAUGCUGCAAUCCCCAAUUGCUGCUCAGCUGUAACGGCAGCCCCAGCUCUCUGCAAAGCACUGUGCUGUGCAUCUGCUUUUCACCAGGGUCAGCAUGGAGGUUGGCCCCUCGCACGGAGGGGGAAAGGAGAGUCUUGUCACCAGCAUCUGGAAAACACAUUUGUUUCUUCCAGGAGGAUUAUUAGUACU